UCAACUUCUCUCAAAUGCCGACACGACAUUGAAUAGGAACACAACAGAAUUAAUGUACAUAAGCUUAGAAAUAAAUAGGAAUAUAUAAUUUAAAUUUCACCAAAAUUCCUAAGGAAACUUGAAAGUUAAGUGCGGUUUUUUUCUUCUCUUUUUGUUUUUGUUUUCUUUUUGUUUUUCUUUUCGGGCCACAAGAAUAAUGCAUUUCUGUUUAGUUUGAUAAUCUUAGCUAUAAUACAAAUAAACAAAUACAAAUAUAUAUUUUGUAUAUACAUAGGAUAUUUGACGGACAGUUGAUCAAUAGGGUAACAUGAACAUGCUGAGAGAUCCACCCACAUUCAAGGAGGUGGCCAAAAUUUUCAUUGUUGGAAUCACACUUCGAUCGUAUCUUGCGGACAAUGCCAGUUGUAGCGAUGAGGAACAGCGGACGACCUGCUUGGGCCAUGAGAUAUCCCGUUGUAUUUCCGUGGCUUUUUGUGGACUGGCGGAUCGUCAUCUUUUAGCCAGACGUUCGGCCGCCACGCGACGACGCAUUUGGCAGAUGUCGCCGGAACGCAUAAAGGACUAUGAUGUUCAGAACAAAAAGCGGGCAGCGGAAAGGAAGUUGCAACUCAAUCAGAGUGUAAAUCAGUUUGCUGUAAAAGCGGCUCCAGCGAGUGUUAGGCAAUAAAUCGAGCAUAUUAAUCUAGGCUAA